UUUUUCUCUACAUAUUUCUCUAGAAAGCUCCAUGAUACUCUCCACCAUACACAAAUGGAUUCUUCAUUUUUUCUUACCAUUGUUAUAGCUGCAAUAUGCUUCUUCGUGAUUUUAAGAAAAUUUAGAUCCGAACAAGAAAACAAAGAAAUCAAUUCUCCUUCUUUAUCACCUCCAUCUUCUUUGUCUUACAAGUGGAAACACGACGUCUUUCCAAGCUUCCGUGGUGUAGAUGUCCGUCGGGACUUUCUCAGUCAUAUUCAGAAGGAGUUCCAAAGAAAGGGAAUCACACCGUUCAUCGAUAAUGAGAUCAAGAGAGGAGAAUCCAUUGGUCCUGAACUUAUACAUGCCAUUAGAGGAUCUAAGAUCGCGAUCAUCUUGCUCUCGAGGAACUACGCUUCUUCAAAGUGGUGUCUUGACGAAUUGGUGGAGAUUAUGAAGUGUAGAGAAGAGUUAGGUCAAAGUGUGAUGGUCAUUUUCUAUAAAGUAGAUCCAUAUGAUGUAAAGACGCUGGCCGGAGAAUUUGGCAAGGUUUUCAGCAAAACUUGUGCGGGUAACACUAAGGAGGACAUUAAGAGAUGGAGACAAGCUUUAGGAAAAGUGGCCACAAUUGCGGGUUACCAUUCAAGCAAUUGGGAUAAUGAAGCGGCCAUGAUCGAAAGACUCGCCAUUGAUGUUUCCAAUGAGCUGAUUAGUUCUGCGCCAUCUAGUGAUUUUGACGGUUUUGUUGGAAUGAAAGCUCAUUUGGAAAAUAUAGAACCAUUCUUACGCCUAGACUCGGAUGAAGUCAAAAUGAUAGGGAUUUGUGGUCCUUCUGGAAUUGGUAAGAGCACCAUUGCCAGAUUUAUAUUUAGUAAAUACUCUCAUGAGUUCGAGCUAAGUGUCUUCAUGGAAAAUAUCAAAAGACGUUAUCCAAGACCUUGUUACGAUGAGUACAGUAUGAAACUGCAAUUACAAAAGGAGUUUUUGUCUCAAAUAAUGAACCAGGAGGAUAUCAAGAUUCAUCAUUUAGGAGUUGCAAAAGAUAGGUUAAAAUACAAGAGAGUGCUUGUUGUUCUUGAUGAUGUGGAUCAGUUGGUGCAACUAGAUGCAGUGGCACAAGAAACUGGGUAGUUUGGUCCUGGAAGUCGGAUUAUCAUCACAACACAAGAUAAAAGGCUUUUGAAUGCACAUGGGAUUAACCAUAUUUAUGAGGUGGGUUACUCACCUGAAGAAGAGGCUCUUCAAAUCUUCUGCAUGUAUGCUUUUGGUCAAAUGUCUCCAUAUGAUGGUUUUGAGAAUCUUGCUUGGGAAGUUACAAAACUUUCGGGUAAACUCCCUUUGGGACUAAGGGUAAUGGGAUCUUAUUUCAGAGGAAUGUCUAAGCAUGAGUGGGAAAAGGAACUACCAAGGUUAAGGACUAGACUUGAUGGAAAAAUUGAAAGCAUUUUAAAGUUUAGUUAUGAUGCCUUACGGGAAGAAGAUAAAGAUUUAGUUCUUUGUAUAGCCUGGUUUAUUAACAAUGAAUGGAUUGAGAAAGUGGAAGAGCAUCUCCCAAAGAAUUUCGUUGAGGUGAGCCAAGGUCUUCACGUCUUAGCCGAGAAAUCUCUCAUGUCUAUCAGCUUCGGAUAUAUAUGGAUGCAUAAUUUGGUAGCACGUUUGGGUAGAAAGAUUGUUCGUAAAGAAUCCAUUCAUGAACCCGGGCACGUUUUGGUUGAUGUUGGAGAGACAUGCCAAGUUUUGAAUAAUGGUACAAUGGUAAGUUUUCACAUUAGUCAUUCACCGAGUUUUCCUCUACAAAAUUUGAUUAAAACAAAUUUUACUUAUGUGUCUUAUGCUUUUUCUUGGUUGAAAAGUUUGAUAUUGAAAUUGAAGAAGAAAUAAUGAUAUAUAUAUAUAUACUCCUUUUUGGGGCU